GAUUUAACUGAAAACAGCUGUCUAUUGACAUUUGCCUUCUUGAAUUGAGAAAUUAACACGGCAUUACUUCGUACGGAAUAUUUUCUUUCUAUAAAAUAAACGAACUAAUUUUGCAGAUAUGACUGGCAGAUUAACAACAAAAACUGGCGAAAUUGUCGCUUAUAGUGAGGCUGCUAUACGCGGUAAUAUUUCAGCUGUAGAAUAUUGCCGUACUUCGAUGGCUGCACUGUCUGGUUGUGCUGCAGGUAUUUUAGGACUGAAUGGACUGCUUGGAUUUUUGUUUUACUUUCUAUCAGUAUUCGUGUUGUGGUUGCUGGUUUUGGCAAAAUCCGGCACACAGUGGCGUAAAUUUUUCAUUAAUCGCCAGAGUUUGCUGACCAACAAUUUCAUGGGCGGGUUAUGUACAUACGUUCUAUUUUGGACGUUUCUCUAUGGCAUGGUACAUGUUUAUUAAAAUAGGUUUUAUGGUAUAGAUGCGUAUAACUUUUAUAAUAAAAUAAGGAACUUUAUAGGACAUUUAAUAUUAAAGAAAUACAACUAUGUGUAUGUAUUAUAUAUCAGGAUAUGAAAGUGUUUUAAUGUAUAAAGAGUGGCUUGCUACAGAGGCAAUUAUAUUUACACAUAUAUUACAAAAUUAUGAUCAUGAGCCGAGAGCAACAAGUCAUUUUAGACUCAACAACAUUUUAUGAAGACGUUCCUGCAACCAUCUUUUGCACCGGAGCUAUAAUAUUCUUUACAUAGGCAUUUCUUAUAGCAUGAAGGAUAUAGAAAGAUCUUUAUCUUGAUUUUGAUCGGUUAGUUUGUAUGGCCAAUAUAUGGUAUAGUGGGUCACAUAGUAUUGUAAUUAUAUGCUGUAGUAGUCCGGAUAAUAAUACAUUCCGAAUUUCCUGAACAUAUCUUGUCAAAUAUAAAAGUUUUCCUUACAAGGA